GGGUGACCGUAGUUUUGACAGCUAGAGAUGAGAAGAGGGGUAUGGAAGCUGUUGAAAAGAUCAAAGAAUCUGGUCUCUCUGAAUACAUAGUUUUUCAUCAGCUUGAUGUUGCAGACCUUGCAACUAUUGCUUCUCUAGCAGAUUUUGUCAAAAGGCAAUUUGGAAAGCUCGAUAUCUUGAUAUCACUUAAAUUCUCUAAUAUUUUUCAUUCAUAUGAAAUAUGAAAUGACUGCUGAAUGAUUUUCAUAUCCCCCAAUCAUCAUGUGCAGUAUCAGGCGGGAAGAUGUAAAGUCAAUAAAAAAACAGAGAAAGAUGAGAGGUAGAGAGAGAAAGAGAGAGAGAGGGCCGAGACAGAGAACACAGAGUAAACGGAUAGCACAGCGGUAUGAGAGUUUCAAUCCCUGGGAUAGGGGGCGGUUCCGACGGGAAGUGGGUGUCUAUGACAAAAGAAUCUACAAUCAAGCGAUUCCUUUCUUCUUCACUAACUUCCCAGAGGAGUGGUCGUUUGAACAGAUGUGGCAAACCUUCAACAGGUUAGGAUUAGGAAGGGUACUGGAGAUUGAUUGCCCGAAGAAGAAGGACAGAUUUGGCAAAAGAUUCGGGUUUGUUCGAUUUCUGGAUGUGAAGAAUGAAGGUGAAUUGGAAAGAAGAUUAAAUAAUGUAAGGAUCGGGGACCAUGUACUACAAGCAAACAAACCGAGGUUCUCGAAGUGGGAUGGCCAAGUGAAGGAGGACUCUAGCAACCAAUCUAUGUCUCGAAGCUGGACUCAACAUGACAUUAACCGCAGAAUCAAAAGGCCAUCAUAUGCUGAAGUGGUACUAGGACAGAGCCGAAGAAAGGAGGAAAGGCCUAUGACCAGAAGACAGGAGGAAGGACCAACAAGUAAGAUGGGAGGCAAUGAGACCAACAUGCAUGGGCGUCAACAAUGGCAAUGGAAACCAAAACACCACUACCACCAAUGGUCUGGCAUGGAGAUCAACAUUGACAAGGACGAAUAUGCAUGGUUGGAAAAAUGUUAUGUAGGUAUUGUGCAUUCAGUGAGCUUGAUACCAAAUCUGCAAGAGAAAUUCUUCAUGGAGGGGGUUUUCUUUUGCAAUAUUAGACCAAUGGGAGGUAGACUAGUACUGCUAGAAGGCAAGGACUAUGAGGAUUUGAAGGAGCUUGUUGACACCGGAAAAGACUGGAUGGGGCAAUGGUUUGAGGAUGUGAAGCCUUGGUCCCCUGCGACGAUAGCUACAGAGAGAUUUGCAUGGAUCCGAUGUCAGGGACUUCCAGCACAUGCUUGGAAGCUGGACACCUUCCAAACUUUUGGAAAUCUGUGGGGAAACUUUAUUACUUUAGAUGAUAGUACGAGCUACAAGAGGAGAUUUGAUUCCGCCCGUUUCCUAAUCACCACACCAUCCCCAGAUUCUAUCUUUAGAUCCUUCACGACUAAGAUUAAUGGCAAGUUUUUUAGAUUAAAGUUCACAGAAGAGGAGUCAACUAACAGCCUCUUCACCAUGAGGUCCGACAGAGUAAUUCAUGCUCCCAGUGAUGUGGAUGAUGAGAAAAGUUGUUCUUUAGAAAGCUCAACUGCUGGUGAUCUUGACCUGGAGGUGGAUAUGAUGGAGCAAGCUAAGCUACAGUCCGUUGAGGGUGAAGGCGACGGAGCUGAGGCCAUCUCGGAGGAUGACGUGGUGAUGCCGAAUGCCGUCGAUGUAAAUGGCGCUAAGGUGAUAUCCCGAGAUGAUGAAGUGGCUAGGUACUGUGAUGAACCGAACUGUUCAACAAAAAUGGGAAUUGAAAUAGUUAGAACAGAUACCGAGGUAGUUGAAGAGUCAAAGGAUAUGGGCGAAAAUCUGAAUGGGUCUCGUGAUUCAAAUUCAAAUGCAUCAAGGCUGGGAGAAGCAAAGAAGGUAGGGGUUCACCUAGAAACGCCAGACAACAUAGCUGAACAAGGGGACGUUGGGAAUGCCAGUCAAAUGAGCAAAAAUGUAGCUGUGGACAGCUAUGACAUGUCCAAUCAAAAUAAUAAUAUUGAAGUAAGCGGAAUGGGCUGUGGGGUUGGAAGGGAAGUUGGGUCUCUUACGACCGGAAUGGGCUUAAAAAUGGUCAUAGGUCCAAAUCAUAAGGCUGAAAUAGGCUUACAUGGGGCAUCAACUGCAGAUCCAAUGGAGCAAAGCACGAAGAACGACAGGAAAUCCAAGUUAAAGAACAGUGAGUCUGCCUCUUGUUUUUGGGAUGAUCUGGAAAGUGACUCAGGGAACGACUUUAACUGGAUGAAAAGGAGUGACUUGUGUGGGAGAAGGAAGAGUAAGCGAAGGGCAAAAUCAUGCGCUUCGGUGUACAGAAAAACUGGGGGAUUGGAGGGAUUCUUGAUUCAAUACAAGAGGAAAGGGCAAAGGAAAGACUCCUUAAAGUGCUCGAAGCAGAUUCUAUUCGAAAAUAACCUGGAGAAAUUGGUUGCAGAUGAAUCGAUCAAUGACAGCAACAUCCAAAAUUGCAACAAAAGCUUUAUACAGAGGAGCAGCACACGGAACAUGGAGGCUCUAUGGUCCCUGGCAAAAGAGCUAGGAGUGACAGCAUGUGGAGAGGAGAAUCAGAUUAUGCAGAAAUUAAAAGAGAUGGAAAGCCGAGACAGGGGAAGGCGAAGGAACGAAGAGGAGAAGAAAUCCAAGAAAGAUGACCAGAAGGUAGAUGUUUUGCUAAUUCAAGAAACCAAAAUGGAGAAAGUAGAUAAUCGCCUUUGUAGGAUGGUUUGGGAUUCUGAUAAUUUUGAGUGGGUUGCUCAGUCUGCUAUUGGUGCAUCAGGAGGUAUACUAAUAAUAUGGAACUCUAGUGUCUUCAAAAAGAUUAGCAGUUUUGAAGGUGCAGGUUUUUUAGGAGUCUUUGGGCUGUGGGGAGAUGAUAACACCCCAUGUUAUUUUGUUAAUGUAUAUUCCUCAUGCGAUCUGGUUCAAAAGAGAUGCUUGUGGGAGAAUUUAUCAAAAUUGGUUACUUCAAAAAAAGGGAACUGGUGUAUAGCUGGAGACUUUAAUGCCAUUCGAAACCUCCAGGAAAGGAAGGGAGGCAGAAGUGUGAGGCGUGAGCUCAAGGAGUUCAAUGACUUUAUUGAGAUGAGCAGUUUGGUGGACCUUCCUAUGAUUGGGAGGAAAUUUACUUGGUACCAGCCAAAUGGCCAAAGCAUGAGUCGCUUGGAUAGGUUUCUUUUUUCUAGUGAAUGGAUGCUUAAUUGGUCCGACUUGAAGCAGUGGGGGUUAGUCAGGUCAUUGUCGGAUCAUUGCCCAGUCAUGGUGAAGAAUGAAGCACGUAAUUGGGGACCAAAACCAUUCAAACUAUUUAAUGUGUGGCUGCAAAAUCCUUCAUUUAGAGAAUUGGUAGAAAAUCAGUGGAACAACUCAGAUAUUCGAGGAUGGGGAGGUUUUGUGGUAAAGGAGAAACUAAAGCGGCUGAAAAACUGUGUGAAGGAUUGGACACGGAAUCAGGUGCAAGGAGUGGAUAAACAUAUUGAGGAGGCAAAAGCUGAAAUUGCAAAACUAGAUGGUAAAGGGGAAUCACAACAGCUAAGCGAGGAGGAAUGUCUCCGUAGAAGAGAUAUGAUGAUAUGCCUAUGGGAAAAUAUUCAAAUCAAAGAGGAUAUGGCAAAGCAAAAGUCAAGGAAGGCAUGGAUGAAAGCUGGGGAUGCAAACACAAGUUAUUUCCACCAGUGCAUAAAAGGUAGAUGGCGCAGGAGCGAGAUAAACUCGUUAUCAAUCCGAGGAAAGGUUUUUGAGGGAGUCAACGAGUUGAAACAAGGAGUGGCAGAAUACUUCAUGAGCUUAUUCACAGAGGAAGGUUGGAAUCGGCCUGUUUUAGAUCGUGUCGACUUUAAGAAAAUUUCAGAAGCCGAGAGAAACUUCUUAACUGAACCUUUUCUUGAAACAGAAGUUAAAGAUGCUGUAUGGAAUUGUGAUGGUGCAAAAGCCCCAGGUCCAGAUGGUUUUACUUUCGGGUUUUUGAAAACAGAAUGGGAUGUGGUUAAAGGCGACAUAUUGAAGUUUCUUACUGACUUUCAUAACAACAGCAAGUUGUUCUGGACUGAUGUGUGGGUAGAAGGGUAUGCUCUAUCUAACAAAUUCCCUCGUUUAUUCCUACUAGCUACAGAUCAGAAUUGCAGUGUCAAAGAUAUGGGAUCCUGGUUGAAGAAUGGCUGGCAAUGGAAAUUCUCCUGGAAACGCCCACUUCGUUCAUGGGAGGAAGACGCUGAAAAAGAGUUGGUUAAUAUGCUGAAAUUAAGAGCUCCAUCACAAAACAAGGAAGAUCGAUGGCAAUGGCACCUGGAAACUUCAGGGACCUACACAACAAAAUCAGCUUACUCAUGGAUCCUUAAGGGAGAACCAAAGCCAGCAACUGACUUCAUAAGGGUGUGGAAAGCCCCCAUUCCACCUAAAGUAAGUGCAUUUUGCUGGCAAUUGCUUCACAAGAAAAUCCCUACAAAAGAUAACCUUUCAAUCCGAGGAAUUUGUAAUGCAAACUCUAAUUUAAAUUGCUGCUGGUGUGAUUCUUCAAUGGAGACGACCGAUCAUAUUUUUGCUCAAUGCAAUGUGGCCUUUAGCUUAUGGAUGAAAUGCUACAAGUGGUGGGGCGUGCAAUAUGUACUGGAUAAUUCAUGUUUAAUGUUUUUUGAGCAACAUAAAUGGUUUGGAGGUCCGAAAAUACUUGAUAGGGGAUGGAACAUUAUCUGGUUCGCAGUAAUAUGGACACUGUGGCUGGGCAGGAACGAAAAGAUUUUCCAGAUGAAGGAGACAAAGCUCGACAGAUUCUUUGAGCUAGUUCAAAUUCGAUCUUUCUUCUGGUUAUCUGAUUCACCAAGAAUUGUAAAUGUUUCUUCCUCCCUGGGAAAGUUAAAGAAUGUGUCAAACGAAUGGGCAAAAGCAAUCUUAAGUGAUGCUGACAACCUUACAGAAGAGAGAGUGGGUGAAGUGUUGAACAAAUAUCUGACAGAUUUUAAAGAGGGAUCACUAGAAGCUGGAGGAUGGCCUGAUUCUAUGACUGCCUAUAUGCUCUCCAAAGCUGUCAUGAAUGCCUAUACAAGGAUUUUGGCUAAGAAACACCCCAGUCUCUGCAUUAAUUGUGUGUGCCCUGGCUAUGUCAAAACUGAUAUAACCUAUAAUACUGGAGUCUUGACUGUUGACGAAGGUGCUCAAGGUCCGGUGAGAUUGGCAUUGCUGCCAAAUGGUGGCCCUUCGGGUCUCUUUUUCUCUCGAUUGGAAGAAUCAGAAUUCUGAUCAGAUUGUCGGAAAGUUAAUGUUUUUUCCUUUGUACUGCUUUAUGAUGAUCUUGGAAUCUCAAACAAGUAAAAGCAUAUAUGAUAAAAUAAAUAAAUAAAUAUCAUUUAAAUAU